CAAUCUACACAUUGAAUUGUUUUGGUUUUUAUCUACACGACUUGAACAUGUGUAAAAAAUAAAAAGAAUUUUAUAACAGUAAAAACUAAAUUUUCACUUAUAAAUAAAUAUCUACAAAUACGUUUAUUGUCCUAUUAGAACAUGGCGACAGCAGCUCAAAUGAAUGAGGUUCAAGAUGAAGAUGCUUCAAAUCUUGUUUUUCCCAAAGAAUUUGAAAAUGCAGAGACAUUGUUAAUUUCAGAAGUUCAAAUGUUGCUUGAACACAGAAAACAACAAAAUGAAAGUGCAGAAGAUGAACAGGAAUUAUCAGAGGUAUUUAUGAAAACACUGAACUCAUGUCAAAGAUUCAGCAAAUUUAAAAACAGAGAAACUAUUGCUGCAGUGAGAAGUUUAUUGAUGCAGAAAAAAUUACAUAAAUUUGAAUUAGCCGCAUUAGCCAACUUAUGUCCGGAGUCUGCUGAUGAGGCGAAAUCUUUAAUUCCAAGUUUAGAAGGACGUUUUGAAGAUGAGGAAUUGACUCAAAUAUUAGAUGACAUAAAAACAAAACGAAGCUUUCAGUAUUGAUAUUAUAUACUGGAUUUCUGUAUGGGAACUAAAUCCUGAAAAUAGGAUCGUUUUUUCAGAAACAUGUGGAUGAAGUGAAAUAGUGACAAUUAACAGAAAGAAAAUCGUUUUUUCUACAGGCAACAAUGCUGCCAUGAUUAUAGCAUGACAAUGUCAAUCAUUUGUAAUAUAACAUGUCAUAAAGAAUAAAACAUUACAAAAUUCUUCUUU